ACGCUGCGGGAUUUGGCACCAUGUCUGUAUUGAGGCUGGCUCGGUUGCUCGGCUGCGUUCCGGCCACCGCGUGGAGAGCGGCAAGAUCACCCCUCUCAUGUCAUUCUGUGAGGAAAAUGAGUUCUGAAGGAGAAAAAUCCAAACCUAUCAAACAACCUCUUAAGAAGCCAAAGUUACCAGAAGGUCGUUUUGAUGCACCAGAAGAUUCUAAUUUAGAGAAAGAACCACUGACAAAAUUCCCAGAUGAUAUUAAUCCUGUUACCAAAGAAAAAGGUGGACCCAGAGGCCCAGAACCUACCCGAUACAGAGAUUGGGAACGAAAAGGACGCUGUAUUGAUUUUUAAGACACAUAUAUUAUUAACUUCAGUAUCUUUUUCUGAAUAUGUAGAUCCGAAUUUAUUUCCACUUGUUUGCUUUCUGUAUAUCCUUUAAAUCAUUUAAUUUCUAUAAUGUGUUUAAAAACAUAAAUAAUGCCUUGAAAGAAAAUAUGCUGCUAUAAAGUAAGAAAGGGUAGU